AUGAUUUGGGACGUCACGUGCGCAAUAUUUGAGUCCGACGCGGCACCGCUUUUGGGUUUUGGUUUUGGGCAACUUGAUCUUUUCGUCCGUGCAACCAUGCCUCAGAACGAAUAUAUCGAGGAGCACAUUAAGCGGCAUGGAAGACGGCUAGAUUACUUUGAGCGAAAGCGUAAACGCGAAGCUCGAGCCGUCCACAAACAAUCCGCCGUAGCCCAAAAGCUCUUCGGUAUCAAGGCUAAGAUCCUGCACGCCAAACGCCAUGCCGAAAAGGUGCAGAUGAAAAAGACGCUCAAGGCGCACGACGAACGCAACGUCAAGCAGCCGGAUACCGCAGCCGUCAGCCAGGAUGCACUUCCUACUUAUCUGUUGGACCGUGAAAACCAGAAGGAUGCCAAAGCGUUGUCGAGUGCGAUCAAGCAGAAGAGGAAGGAUAAGGCUGCGAAGUAUUCGGUGCCGUUGCCUAAAGUGAGGGGUAUUGCGGAGGAUGAGAUGUUCAAAGUGAUGAGGACGGGCAAGAGUAAGAGCAAGUCGUGGAAGAGGAUGGUCACGAAGGCUACGUUCGUUGGGGAAGGGUUUACGAGGAAACCUCCGAAGAUGGAGAGGUUUGUUCGGCCUAUGGCAUUGAGGUAUAAGAAGGCCAACGUUACGCAUCCUGACCUAAAAGCAACGUUCCAGUUGCAAAUCUUGGGUGUCAAGAAAAACCCUCAGUCGCCUAUGUACACGCAGUUGGGUGUGCUCACCAAGGGUACCGUUAUCGAGGUCAACGUUUCCGAACUCGGUAUGGUCACCACUGGAGGAAAGGUCGUCUUUGGGAAGUACGCUCAGAUCACGAACAACCCAGAGAACGACGGUUGUAUCAACGCUGUACUUUUGGUCUAAUUGUGGCAAACCCUUUGUAGUUUCUUCUUAUGAUCCUUCACGACACUUUUUGCAUGUAGCUUUAGCCCCAUAUACACCCUGUAAUUUGUUCAUCUUGCACCACACGCUAUUUCGUUGCAAUGGAUUUUGUUGCGUCAGCAUGAUGCUGGACAU